CAAUCGCCCCCCGGUCAACUUCCGGUCCAGUGUUGGUUCCACAACACGCAUGUAGCCACCAGAAUUAGCUGUGGGAAGACUCUUCUGUGGUAAAAUGAGCGCUGAUAAUAGUGUUGUAAAUUUCACCGUGCCUCUACGGAAUCUGCUGAACUCCAUCCAGUGCAUUAGAGACAGAGUCAGAGACGGAGAGUCCAAUGAGUCUGAUGGAGCGUUCAACCUCUCCAACUUCUGGGACACUCUGAGCCAGGCAGUGAAGGCGGUGUCCCAGGAAGCUACAAAACUCAGCCUGGCCUUCUCCAAACCUCCGCUGCCUUCACAGCAGGAUGUAGAGAAGUUAUCAGAGUCCAUGAUGAAGAGUGUCCUGACUCUGUCCACAGUGUACUACUGGCUGCCCAAGAGUCAAGGAAUCAGUCUGCGUCGACAAAUCAGGGACGCCACGGUCGAGGUUUUGGAGGGAGUCACGCAGCUUCUGGACGUCGUACUGAGCUCGCCUCUACAGGGUCUGACCCAGGAACAGCUGACAUCGACAGGAGGCGUGUGGUUGUCCUGCGACCGCUUUGCCCAGCUGCCAAAAGGUCAGAAAACUCAACAGUCUUUAUAUUUACCUGUAGAAAGUUAA